AUGCACACGUUACGCGUCGGCAAGAAACUCUGUGAUAUUACACUGCGAGUUGGAGAGGAUGAAAUUUACGCGCACAAAAUAGUUCUGGCAGCAGCAAGUCCUUACUUCCAGGGAAUGUUCACAAGUGGUAUGAAGGAAGAAAGAAUGAACAGCGUGAAGAUGGUCAGUAUACUGCCGUGUACGCUGGGAGUUUUAGUCGACUUCGCAUAUACCUCGGAAAUUUCCAUCAACAGACGAAAUGUUCAGCAUCUUUUACCAGGAGCCGUCAUGCUUGGGAUGAAUUCUGUUAUUGAGUCGUGUUGUGCGUUUUUAGAGCGUCAGCUUGAUCCAAACAAUGCCAUAGAGAUUGCUGAUUUUGCUGGAGAAUUCGGUUGUACGGAUCUUCAGAAGAAAGCAAUGGACCACAUUUAUCAGCAUUUUGCCGAGGUUGCCGAAAGUGAGGAUUUUCUCAAAUUGACUGCGGAACAACUGCGGCGGAUUAUAGAAUGUGACGCUCUCAAUGUGCAAUGCGAGUCCGCAGUGUAUGACUCUGUCUGUCGAUGGGUGUACCACGAUCAAAACACUCGCCUUGAUUACAUGUUAAACUUAUUACAAGCCGUAAGAUGCCACUAUUUACCGCCAAAGUACAUCGAUGACAAAAUUAAGCACUGCAAACUUUUGCAAUCAAAUAAAAAGGUUGCUGAGUAUGUGAAGCGAGUGCUCAGCGAGCUAAGCACGGUUAGACCCACUAGAUUUCUUGUUAAACCGCGCAAAUCGUGCACCCCUUCCAUUAUCUAUGUGGCAGGGGGCUACUUCAGACGGUCGCUCAAUACAUUUGAAAGUUUUUACCCCAAGAGUCGAGAAUGGAGGAGCUUGAGCGACAUCCCCGUGGCCCGUAGCGGUCUGGGGCUGUGUGUAGUGUAUGGCCGUUUCUUUGCCGUGGGUGGCCGCCGAACUGACAAACACGGUAAUGAAGAUUGUGCCAGUCUAGAUUACUACGAUUUGCCCACGAACUCCUGGCACAUGGCCCCGCCCAUGUCUGUCCCACGCGGCAGGGUCGGGGUGGGCGUCAUAGAUUGGAUGAUAUAUGCUGUUGGCGGAUCAAAUGGGGCCACGUACCACAAUUCCGUUGAACGGUAUGACGUGGAAACAGAGGAGUGGGCAUUGGUGGCGCCCAUGCGCACUCGGCGUAUUGGCGUGGGCGUGGCUGUCAUCAAUCAUAUGCUGUACGCGGCGGGAGGCUACGAUGGUGUUAAUCGGCUUAGAAGUGUCGAAGCUUACGAUUCUAUCCGCAAUGAGUGGCGCUAUGUGUGUCCGAUGAACACGGCUAGGAGUGGAGCAGGGGUGGUGGCACUGAAUAGCCUGGUGUACGCUGUAGGUGGCUUCGAUGGAGACUCGCAGCUAAAAUCUGUGGAGCGAUACCAUCCAAACACCAACUCCUGGGAGUUCAUCCGCUCCAUGAACAGCCCACGAAGUGCUCUCGGUGUGGCCGUCCUGAAUGGAAAGGUGUAUGCUCUAGGUGGCUUUGAUGGCGAAGAAUUUUUAGCAUCGAUUGAAGUUUACGACCCUCAAACAGAUGUAUGGACGUUGAUAGGUGGUAUGACCUGCGGAAGGAGCGGUCACGCUGUGGCCGUGGGAAGUGAGCCUUGCUGA